CAAAGUGAACGCUCGUUGUUUGUGCGCAGUUACGUUGUGCGUUGAUAUGUGUACGUUUUUAUCUUAUUCCUGGUGCUUAUGCGAUCCCUAAGUUCCAGCAAGUUACCAUGUCGACAGAAGACCUCAGGAACCGUUUAGUUGACGAGUCCUCGUCUGGACACGUCUCUGACGACGACGAGGUCGAGUUGAGAAAGGACAAAAAAAGCGUCAAAGAAAUGAUACUUCGUUUUGAAAGAACUGGUAUCUAUAUAGGUGGUUCUAUUGAAUCCCUCGAAAGAUGCAAGGACUCUAUGAUGGGAAGCUUAACAAGUGUUGUCAAUCCUAUAUAUAAUCAUUAUCACCAUCUUUCCCCAGUGUCAAGAUCUCACGAUAGAAACUCAAAUGUGUCAGUGAAUUCAAUUCUAUCAAAUGUUUCGGAAAUAAGUUGUGAAUCAAGUUCUUCGGGAUUUGUGUCAGAUAGGAAAUCAGCGUCUUUAAAACCUCAUAGACCUGCUCCCCCUCCCCCACCACCAGAACCAUUCAACGAUAGCUCUUCUUUAGAUAGUAAAUCACCAGAGGAAACAGCGCCAGAGGAAACUGUGAUGAUUGAGAGGCGAUUUUCGUUUACGACGCCUUCCUCUUCACCGGUUGUAUUAAGACGAUCAAGACAGCCACCCGUUAUUCGCAGGAAAUCUUCAAUAGGAAGUCAAGGACGUAUGGGUGAAACGCAUUGGUCGUAUGGUGUAAAACAAAGUGACUUGGAAAAAUUACUUAGAUUGAAACUAUCAGAGCCCUCAGACAAUGAAGAAGAAACGAAAGUAAAUGUUACCAAUACAAAUGAAAGUAGUAGUAGCGACGAUUCCUCAGAUAGUGAGAAAGCGGAAGCUGGCGAUGAAUACAUAGUUAAUAAUGACGAUGGUCGAACAGAUACCUUGUCAACAGAUCAGUCUACAGAUACUUUAAUAAACGAUUACGAAAGUGAUGAAGGGGACAACUUAUCAGGUGCUUCUGAAGAACAAUGUAAUUUUGACAAUGUUAGCAUUAAAUCCAUAUCAUCUUUGGACAUGGUGCCGUACCAAAAGUAUGAUAGUAUUACAGUGUCCUCAGACGAGUUUGGCUCCGAGGUGUGUCAUGCGCCAGAUACAGAAUUCCUCACUGUUAGUGCUGUAAAUGAGUGGUGUGUUUCAAAGUCCAUGGAACCGGUAUUGAUGCCGGUCGAAUCGAAAAAGGAGAAAUAUCGGAGACGUUUGAUGGAACGGGUAAACGAGUUACUGCAUACAGAAAAUGUAUAUGUGGAACGAUUGAGACACGUCGUAGAAGAUUACAUUCCAGUGCUGAUGAAGGAAGACAUACCACCCACGCUUAAAGGCAUGAAAGCGGACAUAUUUGCCAAUAUAGAACGAAUAUGCCGCUUCCACGGCGAAGAGUUCCUACCGGCAUUAAGAGAUUGCGAAAACGAUCUCAGAAAACUUGGCCAGUGUUUUCGGAGAUUCGAACCAAGAUUUAAUAUGUACGUGAUGUACUCUAGAAAUAAUAAGAGAGCUACUAGACUGGUAUUUGAAAAUAAACAGUUCUUUCAAGAACGACAAUUAGAAUUAGGUGAUAGGUUAGACCUUUCGAGCUAUUUAUUAGAACCAGUGCAAAGGAUACCCAGGUAUAAAUUAUUUUUGGACGAUCUCGUUAAGACUUAUAUGAAUUACGAAAAUGAGAGGUGCGAGUCGGACUCGAGAAUUUCUAAGUUAAGUGUGGACAGUGAUGAAACGGGGGGAAGUAAUGGAGAGUCAUCCGAUGCUGACGAAACGCCUUUGGAAAGUUUAAAGCUAGCGAAAACUAUGAUUGAGUGUGUCUUAACAGCUGUUGAUGGAAUAAUGGCGUUAGAAAACAUAACCGAUUGUCCGCCUCAUCUCAACCUUCUAAACCAGGGUCGCCUAUUGCGUCAAAAUGAGUUCUACGCUAUGGACAACGCUCGUCGGCGCCGGCAGCUGAUGAGGAUAUUCCUCUUUGAUAAGUUGGUCCUCAUUACUGCGGUUUAUCGGAAGCAAUUGACAGUGGAGUUCUUUAUAUAUAAAGAUCAUAUACCUGUUGACGACCUGGGUAUAACCGCAAAGGAGCACGACCAGUACAAAUUUAGCAUCUGGUAUAGAAAGAGAAAUCUGAAGUCAUAUAAAUUGGAGACUAGGGAUUCUUCGAUCAGGAACGUGUGGGUUGAAGAAAUAACAUCGUUGCUGUGGGAGCAGGCGAUGCAAAAGAAAGAAUUACUUUUGCAACAACGUAAAAAAAGAACAUCAAUGGCGUCAAUGGACAGCCAAGAAUCAACCGAAACGGACAGAAAUGAUGACAAAUGUAUAUUAGAUGGUUUCGUUUACGUGAAGUUGCAUCCAUGAGUUGCUUUUUAGAUAAUUCUCUUCGAGGCGUACCUGGUGAGGUUCGUCGGUCAGGAGAUAAGAUAUUUAGGCGGACGACGUGGUAUUGUGAAUGAGGUCAUAAAACCACUAUUUUCGGGAUUAAGCAAUACUUAAACGAAAUCAAAGACAGCAUUAUUUAUUGAAAAAAAUAUUACAAAUUAAAUUAGAUCCUUAAUGCUUUAUUGAAACUAUAAUUAAACUCGAUAUGUAUAUAUAAACUUAAUCGAAUUUAAUCUGAUAUAAUCGAGUUUUUAACUAAUUAUAAAGUUCUUUUACAUUUAUUAAGCCAUGCGGCUUCGUUACUACCAAAUAUAUUAAGAUAAAGAUGUUUUUCUCACUUGUAGACGGCAAAGUAAGAAGGAUGUUAGAUGUCAUAAUUUUCCAAGAAUACUUGUUUAUUAGUUGCGCCGUAAGAGAAGCUGGCAGUUAAUGUGAUACGGGAGUAAAAUAGCCUUUUAAAAUCGACGUAAACAUAAUUCCAAAGAAAAUAAAUCAGAAUUAAAAAUAUUAGAAAUCUUAAUUAACAUAUUCUAAUUAAAACUUAAUUUAAAACUAAUAACUAAAGUAUCGCAAUAGAAACUAUACGAUAUUUUGAGGAAUGUGAUAAAAUAUGAAAUAGGUAUUCCAUUGUAUGUUACUAAAGUAAUUUCAGUCAUUAUUUUACGGAUUAUAUUGUUAUUAUGUUAUUGUUGAAGUUUUGUAAAUAAUUAUUAAUAAUUGUGAACUUACUUAUUAUAUACUAUCUAUGAUAAAUAUACAUUCUAUUCUUAGU